AUGAGCGGUAUUCAUCGCUUCCUUACCCGCCGUGACCGGCCGAAAGGUGCUGGCCGACAUGCCAGAGACGAGAACCCGACUGGCCCUGUGCUACCUCUGCUACGAGGCUUCUUCGUUUCGCAGCCGAAUAAAGAAGAUAGCAUAGACCAUGAAAAGAAGGUCAAACUGGUUGAAGCCCACCUUCGCUCCCUCGGUUACAGUACACUAGAGGAGGAGCAUGUUAGACAUGCCCUAAAGAAUGCCAAGGACGAUGUCGAGAAGGCAAUCAGCCUCCUGCUCUUGCUCGAAGACUCGGUUGAGGGAAUCAUUCGACCUUACACGCCCAAAAUCAAGUUACUUGGCGCUGAGAACCGGCAGGGUGUCACCUGUUUUCUGGACUCGUUACUCUUCGCCAUGUUCGCACGUCUCGACUGCUUUGAAGCGAUGUUGUAUAAAUCGUUCAAUGAUGAACCCCGCAGAAAACUGGCUAUCCUGCUGAGAUUCUGGGUCAAUCUUCUUCGAGCCGGGAAGUUGAUCACCACCGAUAUCACCCAGCAUGUUCAGGAAGCCCUGGCAGAAUGUGGAUGGGAAGAUGCAGCCAGAGUGCAACAGCAAGAUGCCUCCGAGGCAUUUACUUUCAUCACCGGCACACUUGAGCUACCCCUUCUCACCCUCAAGAUGGACAUCUAUCAUACCGGCAAAGAAGACGUGAGUGACGACCACAAAUUCAUCAACGAGCGACUUCUCGAGGUGGGUAUUCCGCCCGAGCCAGCGGAUGGCCAUACCAUCACUCUCGAAGAUUGCCUGGAAGCCUACUUCAACAAUCGCAUUGAAGUAAAGCGAUAUCUAGAGAGGCGCAACACAAUGAGCUCCUCCAGAUCUCGAUCUGUCGAUUCGCUUUCCAUCUCCAAGGGCUUCACUGCACAUGUCGAAGAAGUCGAGACAACCCCGGUACAGUCCCCGGCCCAGUACACCUCGCCUUUUACCGAGAAGUCAAACCCAUGGUCAUCAAUCUCGGGACCGGCCGAUCUCCAGGGCUCACGAAUGCCCGGCCGGCGUGACAGCAUUGUCCGUGAAAGGUUCAUCCCGGAUACAAGCGACGAGCAGACGGGUGGUGGAGAUUUUUCUACAAAAGAGCAACCACGGAGGGGCGUCCUUAGGAAGGAAGUGAUGAUGCCCGCGUGGCAAUUCUUCAGCCUCAUCCCUUGGUUCACCGAGAACACACCCACGAAUGACGCGCAAGUGGCAGCGCAUUUCUCGUCACAACGGCCUAUCCUCGGUGUGUGCCUGAAGCGUUACUCCUUCACACCGAGUGGGAAAGCUGUCCGUCUCAACACAUACAUCGAUAUCCCUAUUGAGAUCGGACUCCCGCAUUUCAUCCAAGAUGAUAAUAUGGAUGCAAAUGCUCCCCUGUUUGGGAGUUUCAAGCUUUCCUUACAGGCCGUGGUCUGUCACCGUGGAACCUCGGUGGAUUCGGGCCACUACAUUGCCCUGGUUCGUGGCACCAGCCCCAACGCCGCCCCGCCCAGCUCUGGGGGCCUCAGCACCGAGACCCCUAAGCACUGGAUGCGGUUUGACGACCUUGCUUCUGAGAGAAUAACUCUCAUCGAUAUCGAGGACGCGCUGAGAACAGAGUCACCUUAUCUCUUGUUCUAUCAGAUCCUCCCGAUUGACCAGGAUGCCUCCCUGGCCAACAUCUCGAAGAAGCCGUCAUCUCUCGCAUCCGAUACCACACUCGACGUCGAUAUGGGCGAUGUGUAUCGAAAGCUGUCUGGCCUAGCGGUUGACACGGAUGGUAGCACCACCGAAGAUGUCACCUCAGCUAGGCCUAGCUUCGAGAUCACUAGCCCGGACAACACCACUCAGCCACUUGUGAACACUGAGCGACGUUUGAGCGUGGUAUUCUCAGAUCCACCCCUCACUGGGCCUCCCCGUUCAAUGCCGUCAAUGUCACCACGCUUGAUGCCCAUGGAAGGAGAGGGUACCAGGGGGUCAUUCAGUUUCUCUCGGCGUGGUUCUCGUACCACCAAGAGCAAUUCUGGUAGUCGCGCAGGAAGUCAGCCCGGCGACAACCGAAUUAGCUCAACCUUCUCUCGCUUCACUGGUCGUCUGAGCCGAGACAAGAUGACAAGUGAUGGAGAAAGUGAGGCGGGUGAGUCCGCCAUUGAAACUGAUGAUGUCGGGGCCGACGACAUCAACCUGGGGCCGGCCAGGUUGGAGUCGAAGGACAAACCCGGCAGGGCUCGCGGGCAAAGGGGCAGGUCGAUGGGGAAGUCCAAGGAGAAAUCCAAGGACAAGGGUCGAAAGCCGGACCGGGAAUGUAUUGUGAUGUAA